CCCUCCACGUGGCCUCCAUUACGUCACACUGCUGCCCGGUUUCAGUGAUACAGUAUCGUGAGCGUUUUACUGGACGGCUGUGGCUCAAUCCUGUGACAAAACCGGGUUAAACCAGUCAUAAAAACUCAUAAAACACACCUUUACUCUAGAAUACGGCGCGGUUUUCUGCAGAUGUGUCUCAGAAGUAUUGCUGUUUAACUCUUGGGCGGAAUUUAGAGUUCAGGAAAACGAUUAUUUUGAUUUAUGUGUUCAGGGCUACGACACAUCGGUAAUUUUGUCGCGUUCGCAAGUUGAAGCGUCCGCAGUAACCGAGCUAGUUUUGAGUAGCAAUCGGGUGGGUUUUGUUGUGUAAACCUGGCAACCCUGCCGUUUCGUUUUACCAUUUAGUUUCUAAAGCCGCAUACACCUCGACCCCAGCGUUACAUUAUUAUAAAGGUCAAGGUUUUUAGAGGCUAUUAUGAGGUCAAACUCAAACUUUUCUCCAUUGGGUCACAUGACACUUCCUGUAUUGACUUCCAUGGCGUUAUCUAGUGAAAGCCACACAGGAGGGACCAGAGUUUAUUGUUUUAUGGCUCUUGAAUCUAUAACACACCGACAGUCGAACACGCUCCCAUCCUGGUCCGGCGCUCGGUGCGGUGCGGAUUGAAUUGGGAGUAUUUGUGUGGAGUUGGUGAAUCAUGUCGACGGGGGUCCAGCUGCUGGGGUUUCUGAUGUGUUUGGGAGGCUGGCUGCUCUCCUUCAUGUCGCUGCUGAAUGAAUCGUGGCGCACGUCGACGUUUGCGAAUGAGCUGAUCACGUCGGUGUGGUAUUAUCAGAACCUGUGGCAGUCGUGUUCGGAGGCUAGCACCGGGAUCACAAACUGCAAGCAGUUUGAGUCCAUGCUCUCUCUUUCCGGAUACAUCCAGGCCUGUCGAGCCCUGAUGAUCAUCGCUCUCAUUCUGGGUCUGCUGGCCGUCGUUCUGGCCUCGAUGGGACUCAAGUGCACUAAACUGGGCAGCGCGUCCGAGGAGACGAAGGGCAAGAUCAGCCUCACCGCCGGAAUCAAGUUCAUCCUGUCAGGUCUGUGCGUCAUGGUGGCCGUGUCGUGGUACGCCGCUCGAGUCGUUCAGGAGUUCAACGAUCCUUUUUACGGAGGGACAAAGUACGAGCUGGGCGCCGGUCUGUAUCUGGGAUGGGCGGCGGGAGCGCUGGCUAUACUGGGCGGAGGAAUCCUCUGCACCGCCUUCAAGAGCUCCAGACCUGCUCAGACACGGUCUCAAAACUAUAACUACAGCUCACAGCCGCAGAAGAUCUACAGGCCAGCGCCGACAGAAAACAGCGCCUCUAAAGCUUACGUCUGAGCCUCUUUUUGUAGAUGCACGUGUGUAUUUUUCUGUCGUGUUCGCAUUUUAGAAGUCGAGCGAUCGGGCUUUUUUCAUUUCGGCUGGUUGCAAAGGCAAUGUCUCUUAUUUUCAUUUAGGUUACCUCGGUGUACUUAACUAAGACGAAAACUGUAAUAAAAUGUGAGCAACUGACAAAAAGACACAACAGAAUUGAAAUAAAAUGAAAACUGUAAUAGUAUCUUAAUAAUAUUGCUUUAAACCAUCACUUAAAUCCCCUAUUCUGUACAUUUGGUUCUCAUUAAUCUCUCUUUUUCAAUUAACAUUUAUGUCAUGUAAAUUUUUGUUAUAUAAAUGUUACAUGGUCUGUUCUAUUGUUUGGAAAAGCUUAUUGUUUUCUGAAAUUGCUGGUGUGUGUGUGUGUGUGUGUGUGUGUGUGUGUGUGUGUGUGUGUGUGUGUAAACAUUGCUGUGAAGUUUUUGCAAACAGUUUCUUUUUAAAUGUUUUACUUAUCAGACCUUGGAUUGGAUAUGACAAUAAAGAUUUAUAAAACAAAA